AUGUGGAGACCAAUAAUUUUGGACGUGGAGUGCAUCGUUUGCAACAAAUCGUUGCAAAAGAUUAAUCACGACCCGCGAGAGGCUAAACGGAACAUGGGAAAAAUGACUUGCCGCAGAUCCAGGACUCCAAACUGGUCCGUUGACGAGAAAAAGUACCUGUUAGAGUUAAUUAAGGAGCGCAAAGAAGUGGUCGUAACUAAGAAUAACAACGGCCCGAAUUAUUCCGAAGAGAAAGAUGUUGCCUGGAAUGAGAUUUUGCGGGAGUUAACUAAACGUUUCGGCAGUAAGUUCUCUGUUAGUUCAACAAAGAAAGUGAAGACGCAGUGGCAGAACAUGAAGCGUAUUGCGAGAGAAGAAAUAGCUUUGAUUGGGCCGAUUGUUGAGAAAUUUACGAGACAGACGUUUGAAGUGUGCACCAUACUGGACAUGAUUAAGGAUGGUGUAUUGAAGAAAGAUGAAGAAGGUUUGAAUGAUACAGUUUUAACAACUAACAUCGAAGUUAAAGCGGAACGUAUGGACGAUGAAAUGUCAGCAGAACCAAACUGCAGUGGUGCGACUAACUCCGAUACAGCUGUUAUGAAUUUGGACGACGACGUAGCCAGUCCGUCGGCUACCAUCAACCAACUAGAUUCCUCUGAGCACUCUGCCUGCGACGCCAACGAGUUCGAUGCCCGCGAAGAAACACCCGCCGAGGCCGAUGUGAUGCAAGGGAAAAGGGACGCUGCGGCGAUGACCGACGGCCUAUUUUCGGAUAAUGCCGCUAAUCUGAAUCCAUUCUAUAGACAACUCCAGGAGUUCUUCAGGUAUUCAUCAGACGAGAAGUACCUGAAAAUGGAAGCCCUGAAAGAGGAACGGCAGGUUGUCAGAGCGAUGAGGGAGACUGCAGAACUGAACAAAAUUAUUGCCGAACAGAGACUUAAACACAUCCUUUGGCUCAAGAAACGGGAAGUCGAAAUGUACAGUGGCGAACCUGGCUCUGGAGCUGGUAGGGGUGGCGGCGGUGGAGGAGCCAUCAGAGAGGCCGGCGGUACCUUUGGAAAGAUGGAGGCAGCCCGUGAAGAUGAGUACUUCUACAAAAAGCAAAAGGAGCAACUGUCGAAUUUGAAGUCUCACUUAUCUAAGGAGAUUUCAUUCCAUGAGGAGCAGAUCAAACGCCAUGAAGAUGCUAUCCGGCGCCACAAAGAACAAAUGCAUACAAUGGACAAAAAAUGA